GCCGGAUUCAACGCGCUUGGCAACCGAUGAGUGCAGGGGACGCAGCAUGGGCCGUGGUGGAUGUCGCGGCACAUCGACAUCGUAACCACCUAUGCGAGGCGUAUUCCCCGCUCGUCGAAUGCAUUGCGUUGCCUGUCGAGUCCAAGGUGAGUGUGUUUAGAUGCCGUGGACAAGACACCACCGGCAAGUUUGGCGCGCUCGAGUUGCUUGCACAAGCUCAACGUGCGGCAAACACGGCCACGAGCCCAUACCUGCAUGUGGCGUGGUCAAAACAUCGACACCAUACACGAGUGUACCUCGCUGCUGCGACUUUGACAGAUGUCGACGUGUGGGAAUGGAAUCCAGCGGCAUGCACCCUCCAUUCUGUGCGAGUGUUCCUCAACGUGUCUCCACGGAUAUGUGGUCUUCAGUGGCAUCCUCUCGAAUGGACACUUCUGAUCCACUCGUCGUCAGCUCUCAAGUUCGUGUCACUGGAGUCGCCAGAUGCUGACUGUCAAGUCUCAAACCCCAUAGCGUCUGCGAGGCAGCUCGCUCGCUGGAAUCCAUCGGGUACACACUUCGCCAUCACGGGAGGUGCUACCGUAACGGUGUUCAAGUGGUUAAAGUGGAAUGCGCCGUACUCGAAUGGCACAGCACACCUCCGAGUAACCGCGCUGUCCAGCCUCGACCUCGACACUCGAACUAUUGUCGGGCUCGACUUCGUAUCCGAUCAUGGUCUCCUUGUGACGACAGAGCGCCCCGUACAAGUCACGCGAUCGAACGCCGCCAGUCCACUUACCAUUGCUCAGACGAGCCGUGCCGUUGCUCGAGCGAGCACGUCCUUUGGAAGUCAUGGCGACGUCGUUGACUUGAUGCAUAUCAAGGCAUCGUCGACGGCCUUUCUUGUCUUGCCGGAACUAAAUCAAGUUGCCACCGUCCAAAGCUGCCACUCCACACCUCCAGCAGCUCCUGUUUCGCAAGUACCUGCCAGCGCCUCGUCGUCGCUUGUGCUGCCAGAGCUCCAUCCACCGCACAACGUGGCACACGCAAGCGCAGUCAAAGGUGCCCAAGCUCACUUCGUUUCCUGGACCCUCGCGGAGCCAACAUUGCAGUGCACCGCCACGUUGGAUAUCCCUCAGUUGGCAAGUCCCGACAUGGUCGCGACGUGCUCCACGGGCCCGAAUCAAAGCGUCGUCGCAAUUGGAAGCCACCUGACGUCCAAAACCAUCCUCCUGGGACGAUACGCCGCUCGUGACCAGUUGGAAUGGCUCCCCGACGACGAUUGCAUUUCCCUGCCGUCGCGCCAAGUCCAUGGCCUUCGCUUGACCCCAUCUCGUGACGCCACCUCUGUCGUCGUUCAUGUGUUGUGUGGAGUCAAACCGCCUGGUGGGUUCUUUGUGCCGUCGGCCGCUUGCGCUCGCCCGUUGGCUUACGAAGCACACACUCGCCGUGCAUUGUGUCGACCACAUGCCAUCGAUCCUACCGGCAGUCCAUCGUCAAGCUUGGUCGAGAUGGUUUCCCACCUCCGCCACUUCAUUGAGACACGAUUCGAUCGAGUGGAAGACUCGCUGAGGACGCUGGACCGCCGUCUGCAGUGCGUCGAACGCGCCAUGACCCCAUCCAACCGAGUCCCAACCCCCCCUUAACGCCAUGUCCACUUGGCCAUGGACCAAGGAUCGACCGCCCAUUGCACAAGCCCUUGAUCGCAAUCAGGAUGAAUGGGAGCGAGUCCAAAUGGGAUGCAUUCGGUGUUAAACUAGUAGAACAAGGUGGUGUUUUGGUUGUUUGUCGUUAUGUGGGGCGACCGAUUUACUCGACGACGGUCGCGACGACACCAGCGCCGAUCGUGCGGCCACCUUCUCGGAUCGAAAACUUCAUGCCUUCGUCGAUCGCGACGGGGUGGAUCAGCUCAAUGUUCAACGUCAAGUUGUCACCAGGCAUGACCAUUUCCGUGCCCUCUGGGAGCGUGACGUUGCCCGUGAUGUCGGCUGUGCGGAAAAAGAAUUGGGGGCGGUAGUUGUUGAAAAAUGGCGUGUGUCGGCCACCUUCUUCCUUCUUGAGCACGUACACUUGAGCCGUCACCUUGGUGUGGGCGUUAAUGCUGCCGGGCUUGCACAACACUUGACCGCGGAGCACAUCUUCGCGCUUCAACCCGCGGAGCAACACACCGACAUUGUCACCGGCUUGGCCGAUUUCGAGCGACUUGCGGAACAUUUCGACACCCGUGCAGGUCGACUUGGACGUGGCUUGGAUGCCAACCAAUUCGACUUCAUCCCCAGGCUUGAUGACACCCGUCUCAAUACGGCCCGACACAACAGUACCACGACCCGAAAUACUAAACACAUCUUCGACGGGCAACAAAAACGGACGGUCGAAGUCACGAACGGGUUCGGGGAUGUAUUCGUCGACUUGCUUCAUCAAUUCAAGGAUCGCAUCCUUUCCAAGAGGCGAAUCCGUGCCUUGGACAGCUUGCAACGCCGAACCACGGACGACAGGGAUGUCGUCACCGGGGAAGUCGUACGAGUCGAGCAACUCGCGGAUUUCCAUUUCCACCAAUUCGAGCAAUUCUUCAUCGUCCACCAUGUCGACCUUGUUCAAGAAAACGACCAAGGCAGGGACACCGACUUGGCGGGACAACAGAAUGUGUUCGCGGGUUUGGGGCAUCGGGCCAUCCGUGGCGGACACGACCAAAAUCCCACCGUCCAUUUGGGCAGCACCCGUGAUCAUGUUCUUGACGUAAUCGGCGUGACCGGGGCAAUCGACGUGCGCGUAGUGGCGGUUUUCAGUCUCAUACUCGACAUGCGACGUCGAGAUCGUGAUACCACGAGCGCGCUCUUCCGGGGCCUUGUCAAUAUCUUCAAACGCAACGAACUUGCCGCCACCUUGCUCCGACAACACCUUGGUGAUGGCAGCGGUCAAAGUGGUCUUGCCGUGAUCGACGUGACCGAUCGUACCCACAUUAAGAUGCGGCUUGUUGCGCUCGAAUGUCGCCAUACCGCGGGACGCAUGGCGGAUGGACGCAGCACUACGGGAGACAAUUUGGCGCAACAUGGCAAUAUUCCG